UUUUCACCUGGUCUGAACUCCGCCUUCCUUCUAUCAUUCCCACAAGGCAGCAGGAGCAGAGAGCAGCCAUUGCUGUGUCUGGCAGCAGGAGGGGGAGUAUAUAGAGGAACACAGGGGUCUGUACAAGGACGUGAUGAUGGAGAAUCACCGGCCCCUCACAUCACUGGAUGGACCAAGUAACAGAGAUACCCCAGAGAGAUGUCCCCGUCCUCUGUAUUUCCAGGAUUGUACAGAGGAGAAUCACAGGAUCCCACAGGAGGAUCAGCAUAAAGAACUGACUGAUAUAAAAGCAGAUGAUAUAGCAGGAGAAGACAACACAUAUAUGACUGAUAUUAUGAUAGAAGGUAUAAAGGAAGAGGAAGAGAUGUAUGUGACUGAUAUAAAGGGAGAAGAUAUAAAGCGAAAAGAAGAGACGUAUGUAAGGAGUGAUCAGCAGUGUAAGGAGGAGGAAAUCCCUACAGAUAUCAGCACAGCAGAUGGAGGCACAAGCAGGAAUGCCUUGGAGGGAGAUCUCAUCUUGUCUGUACAUAUUAAAACAGAAGAUAACAUCACACAGGAUUCUCCAGGAGACAGCGCUGUUCUGUUACAUAUACAUCCGAUUCCUCACAGAGUAGAUAUAAUAUGUGAUCCCUCUAAUCGUGAGGACUGUUCUUCUGAUAGCUCAGCUUUUGUUACUCAUAGUGCAGCUCAUAUACCUGAUAAAAUAUUUCCCUGUUCUGAGUGUGGGAAAUGUUUUGCACGGAAAUCACAUCUUAUUACACAUCAAAGAAUUCACACAGGUGAGAAGCCAUUUCCAUGUUCUGAGUGUGGGAAAUGUUUUACAGAUAAAUCACAUCUUGUUAGACAUCAGAGAAUUCACACAGGUGAGAAACCAUUUCCAUGUUGUGAGUGUGGGAAAUCUUUUACACGGAAAUCAAAUCUUGUUACACAUCAUGGAAGUCACACAGGUGAGAAACCAUUUCCCUGUUCUGAGUGUGGGAAAUGUUUUACAUUUAAAUCACAUCUUGUUACACAUCAGAGAAUUCACACAGGUGAGAAACCAUUUCCAUGUUCUGAGUGUGGGAAAUGUUUUACACGGAAAUCACAUCUUGUUACACAUCAGAGAAGUCACAUGAAUGCGAACCCAUUUCCAUGUUCUGAGUGUGGGAAAUGUUUUACACGGAAAUCAAAUCUUGUUACACAUCAGAGAAGUCACACAGGUGAGAAUCUGUUUCCAUGCUCUGAGUGUGGAAAAUGUUUUACAGAGAAAUCAAAUCUUGUUACACAUCAGAGAAGUCACACAGGUGAGAAGCCGUUUCCAUGUUCUGAGUGUGGGAAAUGUUUUACACGGAAAUCACAUCUUGCUGCACAUCAGAGAAGUCACACAGAUGAGAAACCAUUUCCAUGUUCUGAGUGUGGGAAGUGUUUUACAGAGAAAUCAAAUCUUGUUAAACAUGAGAGAAGUCACACAGGUGCAAAGCCGUUUCCAUGCUCUGAGUGUGGGACAUGUUUUACACAUAAAGCAAAUCUUGUUAAACAUCAAAGAAUUCACACAGGUGAGAAGCCAUUUCCAUGCUCUGAGUGUGGGAAAUGUUUUACAGAUCAAUCAAAUCUUGUUAAACAUCAGAGAAGUCACACAGGUGAGAAACCAUUUCCAUGCUCUGAGUGUGGGACAUGUUUUAUGCAGAAAUCAGAUCUUGUUAAACAUCAGAGAAUUCACACAGGAGAGAAACUAUUUACAUGUUCUGAGUGUGGGAAAUGUUUUACAUAUAAAACAAAUUUUGUUACACAUUAUAUUUCACACAGGAAAAGCAUUGCUAUGAGCGGACAUCUCGACAUGCCUCCAAAGAAAUCGAAGGGGUCUAAAUCUGCUUCACAAGUGAAUUUCUUUGGGUCCUCCUCCUCCGGUAAGAAGAAGACUCAUACAACACUUUCCUCGCCGAAUUUGGCUCAAACAUCUCAAGCAACUUCAUUAAUAAUAAGCAACACGGCCCAUGCCGCACAAGCUGAGAUGGACUCCUUAGAUGGUCCGGUCACGCUACGAUCAAUCCACUCCCUGCUAGCCUCUUUCAAGUCAGACAUUACAUCUGAGCUUAGAUCCAAUAUACAAGCCCUCCGCGCUGAUAUUUCUGAAAUCGGUGACAGGACAGAUCAUAUCGAACACAAGAUGGAAGAGCUAGUAACAUCACAUAAUGACCUGAUCUCUGCACAUGACGCUCUCCUGGACGAGGUCGCUAUCAUCCGAGACAAAACUACAGAUUUGGAGGACCGCUCACGUAGGAAUAAUAUAAAGAUAAGAGGCAUUCCUGAUGAUGUUCCAAAUGCUGACUUAUAUGGAUACGCCACAGAUCUUUUCCACAAAUUGAUACCUGACGUCCCACUACCUGACCUCCUGAUUGACAGGAUUCAUAGACUCCCGAAGUCUAGACAAGCACCUGCUCAGGCCUCCCGGGACACACUUCUCAGGCUAUACAGUGUCAAGAAAGGAGCGGUUUUCCUGAUGGGUGACUUUAACCUAGCCCCUGACCCCAAUCUUGAUAAAUCCUCGAAACUCGACAAACAGUCCGCUAAUGCAGCCAAAGCACUGGCUUCCUCCUUCUCACACCUACUAGCCGAAUUUGACCUAUAUGAUGCUUGGAGAAUCAGGAACAUAGGGGCCAGAGACUAUACAUUUUAUUCGGCAGUGCACAGAUCCUAUUCUAGGAUCGAUUUGCUCCUGACGGAUAAAUGGACAUUACAAUCAAUUCCCAAUGUCAAAAUACUGCCGAUAUCAUGGUCAGACCACGCGCCAUUACUUUGGACUUGGUCAUACAAAACACAUACCCCAGCACCACGCCCCUGGAGACUACGGGACUACAUUUUGAAAGAUGAGGACGGAGUCUCUAUAUUACGAGAGGCCUUGUCUUCCUAUUUGGCCACAAACAGUCCCGCAGAUACCUCCAUCUCCAAUCAUUGGUGUGCUCUUAAAGCAGUCCUGCGAGGUGCAGCUAUCCAUGCUUCAGCUCAUAUAGCGCGUCGAGACCGGGAAGUCCAGUUGGCUUAUGAGCUGGAGGUGACGACGCUAGAAACCAAACAUAAACAAUCCCCUACCGAUGAUGUCACCCUAACGUCUCUAACUGAAGCAAAGAGGAAAUUAAACAGUCUUUACUUUUUACACGUACAAAGAGCUCUCUCUAACCUAAAGCAGAAAUACUAUACAUUAGGCAAUAGGGCGGGUAAAUUAUUGGCGCGGAAACUCAGAGGGAAAAAUCUUAUCAAUAGAAUUAAAUACUUGGCGAACUCAGACGGACCGCCGUCACUGAACCCUAAAGACAUUGCAAACCAAUUUGCCUCCUAUUAUAGGAAGCUAUACAACCUCAAACAGGACCCACUAACCCCGCAACCUUCCUUGCAGCUUAUACGGUCUUUUCUAGACUCCAUUAACCUACCUUCCAUUUCCCCCGAGGAUGCCUCCACACUUUGUACACCCUGGACUGAGAGAGAAAUUCAGUCUUCCCUGAAAGCCCUUAAAAAAGACAAAGCCCCUGGGCCGGACGGGUUCAUUAAUCUCUUUUACAUCACAUUUCAGGACUCACUCUCCCCACUCCUCCUUAAUCUGUACAAUGAUGCUUCCUCUAACCCUUUUCCUAGAGAAAUGUUGGAAGCACGGGUGAUAACGAUUCUCAAACCUGGCAAGAACCCAUCCCUCUGCGCAAACUAUAGACCCAUAGCACUUUUGAACACAGAUAUAAAGAUGUAUGCCAAACUACUUGCAAAUAGACUGAACCCGCUGAUUCCCGCAUUGGUUCAUCAAGAUCAAGCGGGCUUCACUAUAGGACGCCAAGCCUCUGACAAUACCAGGAGAGUCUUCUCCCUUCUAGAGGCCCGCUCCAUGUCGAGGGAGCCCUUAUUGUUGCUUUCACUAGAUGCGGAGAAAGCUUUCGACAGGAUUCACUGGGUAUACAUGUCAGAAGUUCUUGCCAGGUUUGGGUUCACGGGUCAAUUCUUACAGAACGUCCUACGCCUAUACAUGUACCCCUCAGCACACGUUUUUAGUAACGGGUUCCUAUCCGAUACUUUCCCCAUCACCAACGGCACUCGCCAGGGAUGCCCACUGUCACCAUUAAUUUUCAUUUUAGCCAUAGAACCCCUAGCAGAGAAAAUUAGAGCGUCCACCCUAGUUAGCGGAGUCUACAUAGGUCCCACACAACACAAGAUUUGCCUGUUUGCAGAUGACGUCCUGUUGUUCGUAACUAAACCUGAAAUUUCCCUCCCAGCUAUCCACGAUAUCUUGCAAGACUACUCCAAAAUCUCCUACUAUAAACUAAAUACGGCUAAAACAGAGGCAUUGGCAUUUGAUAUUGAACCAAUCCCACUCCAAUCUCUACAAUCUACAUAUCCCUACGCCUGGCAGGACUCUUCCAUCCAAUACCUUGGGAUUAAGAUUCCUUCCAGUUCUCAUCCCACGGUGGAGUGUAACUACCUUCCCCUCUUGGCCCAAUUCCGUACCCUCACCAAACAGUGGACGAACUACGAAAUCUCAUGGCUGGGGCGCCUUUCAUCAAUUAAAAUGAUGCUCCUCCCUAAAAUCCUUUACCUCUUUAGAGCCAUACCUUACUUAGUACCGUUUACUCUCCUUAACAAAUUUUAUGCUGUCAUGUCUACUUUUAUUUGGAAGGGCAAAAAACCCAGGAUAGCUAGAAACCGUCUCUUUAGAUCCAAAGAUAAGGGGGGUCUUGCAUUUCCUAACCUUGAGCUAUAUCAGCAUGCAUGUUUACUUGAUCAGAUAAAGGACUGGCUCCAGACUGACCCCAUAAAACCAUGGGUGAAUAUUGAAAGUAAUAUGUGCACAGGAUUCCCUCUCCCAGAUUUAAUCUGGGUCAAACCACCACAUAGACCCCCGUCUACCAAACUUAUAAGGAGUAUAGCUAACUCUCUUAAGGUCUGGGACAGAUUAGUUAAUAACCUGGGCGACUGCCCGCUUCCCUCUACGCACUUAUCCAUUUUAGCAAUUUCCAAAAUACUCCCAGACCUACCAAUACGGAACUGGCAGGAGUUGGGGGUUCGACAGAUCAAGGAUUUGUAUGACAAAUCAGAGCUGAAAACCUUUCAACAACUACAAACCCAAUAUCUGAUACCAACAAAGGAUUUUUACAAGUUUGAGGAGGAUUGGAGGAUGUCAGCGACACUUGAGUUUGAAGUAUUAGCAGAGAGCAUGAAGCGGGUGGACAAACAGGAACUCACAAAUUCUGACAAAUUCCAAGCAUUGAUUAGGCAGGAAUGGGCGGCCACAAGUCAGUAUGUGGCCCAGAAGUUGAUUGACAGCAGCCAGGGCAAAUUGCAGAGGUCUUCAAAAAGAAGAAUCAACACUGCAAAUAUUGACUCAUUGCAUAAACUUAAUGAGGGGGAGUGUAUAGAGGAACACAGGGGUCUGUACAAGGACGUGAUGAUGGAGAAUCACCGGCCCCUCACAUCACUGGAUGGACCCAGUAACAGAGAUACCCCAGAGAGAUGUCUCCGUCGACUGUAUUCCCAGGAAUGUACAGAGGAGAAUCACAGGAUCCCACAGGAGGAUCAGCAUAAAGAACUGACUGAUAUAAAAGCAGAUGAUAUAGCAGGAGAAGACAACACAUGUAUGACUGAUAUUAUGAUAGAAGGUAUAAAGGAGGAGGAAGAGAUGUAUGUGACUGAUAUAAAGGGAGAAGAUAUAAAGCGAAAAGAAGAGACGUAUGUGAGGGGUGAUCAGCAGUGUAAGGAGGAGGAAAUCCCCACAGAUAUCAGCACAGCAGAUGGAGGCACAAGCAGGAAUGCCUUGGAGGGAGAUCUCAUCUUGUCUGUACAUAUUAAAACAGAAGAUAACAUCACACAAGAUUCUCCAGGAGACAGCGCUGUUCUGUUACAUAUACAUCCGAUUCCUCACAGAGUAGAUAUAAUAUGUGAUCCCUCUAAUCGUGAGGACGGUACUUCUGAUACCUCAGCUUUUGUUACUCAUAGUGCAGCUCAUAUACCUGAUAAAAUAUUUCCCUGUUCUGAGUGUGGGAAAUGUUUUGCACAGAAAUCACAUCUUAUUACACAUCAAAGAAUUCACACAGGUGAGAAGCCAUUUCCAUGUUCUGAGUGUGGGAAAUGUUUUACAGAUAAAUCAAAUCUUGUAAAACAUCAGAGAAGUCAUACAGGUGAGAAACCAUUUCCCUGUUCUGAGUGUGGGAAAUGUUUUACAUUUAAAUCACAUCUUGUUACACAUCAGAGAAUUCACACAGGUGAGAAACCAUUUCCAUGUUCUGAGUGUGGGAAAUGUUUUACACGGAAAUCACAUCUUGUUACACAUCAGAGAAGUCACAUGAAUGAGAACCCAUUUCCAUGUUCUGAGUGUGGGAAAUGUUUUACACGGAAAUCAAAUCUUGUUACACAUCAGAGAAGUCACACAGGUGAGAAUCGGUUUCCAUGCUCUGAGUGUGGAAAAUGUUUUACACGGAAAUCAAAUCUUGUUACACAUCAGAGAAGUCACACAGGUGAGAAUCUGUUUCCAUGCUCUGAGUGUGGGAAAUGUUUUACACGGAAAUCAAAUCUUGUUACACAUCAGAGAAGUCACACAGGUGAGAAUCUGUUUCCAUGCUCUGAGUGUGGAAAAUGUUUUACACGGAAAUCAAAUCUUGUUACACAUCAGAGAAGUCACACAGGUGAGGAUCUGUUUCCAUGCUCUGAGUGUGGGAAAUGUUUUAUAAGGAAAUCAAAUCUUGUUACACAUCAGAGAAGUCACACAGGUGAGAAUCUGUUUCCAUGCUCUGAGUGUGGAAAAUGUUUUACAGAGAAAUCAAAUCUUGUUACACAUCAGAGAAGUCACACAGGUGAGAAGCCGUUUCCAUGCUCUGAGUGUGGGAAAUGUUUUACACGGAAAUCACAUCUUGUUGCACAUCAGAGAAGUCACACAGAUGAGAAACCAUUUCCAUGUUCUGAGUGUGGGAAAUGUUUUACGGAGAAAUCAAACCUUGUUACACAUCAGAGAAGUCACACAGGUGCAAAGCCGUUUCCAUGCUCUGAGUGUGGGACAUGUUUUACACAUAAAUCAAAUCUUGUUAAACAUCAGAGAAUUCACACAGGUGAGAAGCCAUUUCCAUGCUCUGAGUGUGGGAAAUGUUUUACAGAUCAAUCAAAUCUUGUUAAACAUCAGAGAAGUCACACAGGUGAGAAACCAUUUCCAUGCUCUGAGUGUGGGACAUGUUUUAUGCAGAAAUCAGAUCUUGUUAAACAUCAGAGAAGUCACACAGGUGAGAAACUAUUUACAUGUACUGAGUGUGGGAAAUGUUUUACAUAUAAAUCAAAUUUUGUUACACAUUAUAUUUCACACAGGAAAAGCAUUGCUAUGAGCUAAUACAAAACAGUUUGUUAUCCUUCUGCAGAUAAUUGGAAUGUGAUUAAUUAAUACAAGACUGGAAUAGA